CAAUCGUGUUUAUGCUGCCAACAGCUCUGGACGCUACUAGAAACGUGAAGAUUUAUUCAAAGUGUUGAAGGAAAACAAGAUUAAUGAAAAUACAAUAAAAAAAAAUUGAAAAAUAAAACCAAAAUAAAAAUUUACAAAGUGCGUUUUUGUUUAAAACGGAAAUACCAACUGUUUUGUGUGGUAAAUUUUUAUUAAGUAGAAUAUUUACGUGUGUUUGGAGAGUAAAUUCUCUUUAGCAGCAGCAACUUAAGCAACAACAACAACAACUCCGCCCACGCAAUAAAUUGCGACGAAUUUUUCUAGAGCAAAGCAAAGCGAAAAUUUUUGCAAUUUUUUUGAUUUUCAACUGCAACUGAAACAACAACAGCAACAACAACAAGAUGUUCAGCUCAUUCACAGCAUCUCUCAAAAGCUUGGGCGAUAAGACCGCCAACCUUUUCAGUCGCAAGAAGGAUGAUGUUGAGAAAUUGGCCAAAGAGAAAGCCGACAAUGCAGCCAAAAUGGCCGAGGAGCAGGCCAAGGCCGUAGGACAAUCGGUACAGCAGACCAAGAGUGAAGCGGAAAAUUUGGCGGCCAGUACUGCCAAGGAAGCCGCCGAUUUGGCAGCUACUGAAGCCCAAAAAGCUGGUCAGGCCAUUAAUGCUGGUGUUAGCCAGGCUCAAGCCGCUGUAGAUCAUUCUAAGCAAACUAUCGACAGCACAGUGCAACAGGCGAAUGCUGCGGCUGCAAAUGCCAAGCAAGUGGCCGCCAAUGUGGCUGAGGCAUCACAGAAGGCUGCUGCCAAUGCUGUCGACCAAACCAAGAAGGCUGCCAACGACGCGAUCAACAAGAGCGUCAAGGCUGCUGAACAGACGGUCGACACGAAAAUGAAGGAAGCCGAACAUGCCAUUGACGGCGCCGUUAAGCAGACUAGCCAAGCGGUCGAUCAGAAGAUGAAUGAAGCCAAUCAAUACGUCAGUCAAAAACGUGAAGACUUGGAGAAGACUAUCCACGAUGGCGCCGUGAGCGCACAAGAUUCUGCUGGUAAUCAAGCUGCCAAUCUGCUGGGCAAACUACACCUUGGCAAGUAAAGAGAGCAGGCUGCUUUGUAACAGUUGGCAGGUAGAAAAGAAGGAGGAAGUUCGGAGGGGAAGUGGAAAGGAGGAGUUAGGAGUUUAGUUAUAUUAUUUGUAAAAUGUGGCAAUUUUUAAAUAAGCAGAUGGAGGAAACUGAAAGAAAUAUAAAUAAACCAAUAAUACGAAAUGCGCAAGAAAAAUGUUGGAAAUAGCAACAAAAAGCAAGCCCACACAAGCAAAUGCAAAAACACAUACACUUACAGGAAACUAGAAAUCCAGCGGCAUGAAAGCGCGAAAUAAAAUCAUAGAUAUUAAAAUAUUGGAGUUGGAAAUGUGAAAUGCAGAAAACAAAAACAAAAAAAAAAAAUUAAAAUAAAAUUGCAAGAAAAAA